GAUGGCGGUGUCUUUUGUUUCUUCCAUCAUUUUCUUUCUUCUUUUCAUCAAACUCUCACUUUUUGUAGAUGGAAACGUUUUUGCUGCCCGAAUGGAACAUCGCAAACUCGGUGGAGCGAAAAAAACAAUGGCGAUGAGGAGGAACUUGGAUGAAAAUGGGCACCAAGGCUCGAAAAUUGCAGCUCACGGGAGCACGUCUCGACAUUCUGGACAGAAAACAACUAAUAACACGCCGUCCGAAAUCCGUCCUAAUAGAGCGACGCCCCAGAGGAAAAAGUAUAUGAGUAUGACUGACAAAGCCCUACAACUAGGAGCAGUCUGCAAGGAAUAUACAUAUAACCGAUGUAAGCGUUCAUCCUCAGCUCCAUAACCUCUUCCGCCUCCAAGCUCUUCCAAAGGCACACAUGGACUUGGUCAAAUGUGUCAAUAUAUAUAGACAUACGCAUAAGCACGUUUUUUUCACGUUGUGGCUUGGUUUGCAGUUUUUCUUGUUCUUCAUAUGGAUAUAUAUAUCCUUAUAUCUAUACAUGU